ACGGAUAGGGAAAUCCGGCAGCCUGUUUCAUCUUCCGACGAAGUUUUCAAACCGUUCCCUAAUAAUGUAAAUCCGGAAACCGGUGAGAUUGAUGGCCCUACCGGGCCUGAGCCCACAAGAUACGGAGACUGGGAACGAAAAGGCCGUUGUUCUGACUUCUGAUUAUUUUGUUUUAUCACAAGACCUUAUUUACCGUUCGAAUUGUAGAUAUUAUUCCUUGAAUAAACUAUUUUGA